UAUAGCUAUGCACUUUUUACUUAAAGUAUGUGUGGACUUCAGUGACAGAAACUUCUGAAUCUCUGUAGAUGGCGGUCAGCGGGCGUCAUCGCUUCUCUGUUGUUGUGACGGUGCAAACUGGGGAAGCGUCCAAUGAGUCAACAGCUGAUCGAGGUUAAUUUUAACCUACCAACCUAUAUAUAACGACAACAGCCCGGGUGAAACAUCUGCACAAGAAACCGGCUAGUUUUUACGAAGUCUUUCGGGUUUUAAGAGGAAACAAUGGCAGUUCCUGUAGCUGCAUUACAACUGAGCACACCAUCCAGCCCGAGUCUGCUUGAGCACAACAUUCACAACAACAACAACAUAGAUUUAGGGAGGAUUUCCAGGGACAAUGACAACGACACUUUGCCUUUACAUUCUUCAUGGACCUUCUGGCUUGAUAGAUCACUGCCAGGAACUACAGCAGCUGAAUGUGAGUCAAACUUGAAGAAAAUCUACACCGUAGAGACUGUCCAGAACUUUUGGAGAGUUUACAACAACAUACCCAGCGUCUCCAGCUUGCCAUUGAGAUGCAGCUAUCAUCUGAUGAGAGGAGAAAGAAAACCACUCUGGGAAGAAGAAAGCAAUGCUAAAGGGGGUGUCUGGAAAAUGAAAGUACCCAAAGAAUGCACUUCUGUUGUGUGGAAGGAGUUGCUUUUGGCUAUUAUUGGAGAGCAGUUCAGUGAUUAUUGUGCCUCAGAUGACGAAGUAGUCGGUGUCAGCGUCAGUGUAAGAGACAGAGAAGAUGUGUUUCAGGUCUGGAACGGAAACGCUUCUUGUGCUAACGAAUCAAAUAUCUUAACCAGGAUCAAUGAGCUCCUUCCCAAUAUCCCUUUUAAAGCAGUGUUUUACAAACCACACGAGGAGCACCACGCUUUUGAAGGAGGGCGAAGACGUUAGUGUUCAAGUGUUUUGCACAUCAGAACUCAUGAGACAUACAUUUCUUUUUGACAUAUUUUGGAUAAUAUUUGCUCACAUAUUGAAGCAAUAGAGUUUAAAGUUGCUUAAUUUAUCAUCUCAAUGAUCUCCAAAUGUAGCCCAUAGUUGAUGAUUCUCAAUCACUAAUGUAAUAAUAUUAUCCAAAAUACUAGAAAAAAGCAAACUUUUAACUUGAUUUUUAUCUGUAGCAGUGUUUGUGUGUUUUAUACUUUAACAUUUUGCAAAUCUUUAACCAAAACAGCAGAUCAUGUACAUGUGAGUCAUUUUUAGAUGUAUUUUAGCAAAUUUAGUUUUGUUUCAUGAGCACAAACAAAGCUAGGUCUCUUUGGAAGAGAAGGCCUGGUUACGUAAAGCAAACCUUUUACAAUACAUUACAAGGCUUUUCUAGUGAGUUUUUUCAGUGUUUUGUACGUUACAGCCAAAAUACUUUUGCCUAUCAUACAUAUUUAGUAUGCUCUCAUACUGAUAUUUGAGCAGAAAAUUGCACAUUCUUUCUUUUAUUUUUUAGGAUAUGAGCGGAUUGUUAAAAAGGAAUUAGUUCCUGAUACAAUAAAAUGACCUCAGUACACAAAUCAUGAGUAGAUGCGGAGAAAUAUAUGCAAUCAUUUCUGUUCUGUAGAAUUCGCAGCAGUUUUGCUGUUUCGUGGUUGACAUUUUGUUGAAGCAUCUGUCUCAAAUCAAGCACUUUGUUUCUUACUGUGUGUGUGGGUUGUGAUAACUGAGACCAAACCAACUUUGGUUUUGUCUCACCUUAUCUGAUGAAAUGUAAAGCUGUUUUUGUUGAUUUGUUCUGCUUUUAAUAGUAAAUAGAGCUGUGUAGACGACAAUGUUGUGUUUUUCAUGUAUUAAUAUGACCUGUGUUCAAAUUGAAUCUGUGAAGCCUAAACCUUGCAGAUAAUAUUGGCCCUAGGAAAAAUGUGAACAUGCACAUGACCCAGAAAAAUCUGUCACAUGGAGGGACAUCAGGAAAAGAAAGAUGUUGCCCUUAAUCUUACUUUCCUAGAGAGACUGCUCUAGGGCCUAUUUUAGUGUAUUAGUACAAACUGUGUGUGUUUGGUGAAGUAAUGCAACCACUGCAGCAGGGUCAAAUCUGUAUGGAAGCUAUUCAAAAAUGAAUUUUCACCACAGCACCAAAACACAUUUCAAUGUCUCUGACAACCUUAGCUUUUAAGAUUUAGUUCAGUGGUGAUGUAGAACACUGUUUUUGUAAUAUUGAAACCGUAUCAUAUUUGGGAAAUGUUGAACCAUUAUACAUCCCACCAAAGGCAUCUUUCCUCUUCGUUAAAAGGGUGUAUAAGAGGGAGUCAGAUUGGCUAUUGUAGGCUGCAAUAGCAGAGCAGAUACCUUUGAGUAUUACUACUGUACUACCUAUACAUUUUAAGUAAUUGUCCAUGUUGCAAUGAAACCCUCCUGCUGUGAUUUUAUCAAACUAAUCAAAUGUUAAAGUAUUUAUGAUGAUGGUGUCUUGCCUUGGAUUCUCUUUUUAAGAAUAUUGUGAGGAGAAGUAAGUUUUAAGACCAACGUAUUGCCAAAUUUGCUUUAUUUUCCCUCCAUUCUUCUGUUUGUGUCAUAUAAGCACAUACUGCAGAAUAAGAAAAUACUUCUGUACCCUUGCACAUGAUGUUGACCACUCACUUCAGUCCUCAGACUUUGUAACUGAUUUUUGAUCUUGGAUGGUGCCUUUCUGUUAACCAGCAGUUUAGAUUGUGCUCUGUGUUCAGCAUGUGGAAAUUGUAAUAAGUCAUGUUUCUCUCUUAGUUUUACACGUGUUUGAGAAAUAAAGAUGUCUAAACUUUCAA